UUUCGACCGUUGAGCUAAGCGGUGUUCGAACGAAUUGUCGUGUCGUGACGGAGUUUCUGCGUCUGUGUCGUCGGCGUUUUGUAGCGUGCGUUUGUUUGUGUGCGUGUGAGUGUUAGUGUAUGCGAAUACGGAACACCCCCGCAAACCGGUUGAAUUCGGUGGUGGGACGUCGUACAAACGAGCGAGCGAGGGAGCGCGCGUCUCAAUAAUAAAAAUUUAUAAAUAAUAAUAAAUAAACGAAAAGCUAAAGAAUAUAACGACAACAAGAAAAAAGCAGAGUAAAAAAGUCAGCAGCAUUGUCUGCGUGUCUGUGUAUUAGUGAGUGAGUGUAAGUGAGGCAGAGUUUUUGUAUUCAGAGUCGCCACCCCUGUGGAUUAGUGGCACCCUGUUACAUACCCCCCUGCUCUACACUUAGCACUUUGUUGCCAGUGUUAUAAACAAAUACAAAUAAUAAUAAAAACAAAUAUUAAUUUUCAUAAACUUUAUAUAGCCAAAUCGGAAAGCAGAGAGUGACUCAGCUCUCAAAUCGUCUACACAUCGAAAAGAAGUGUCUCUGGCUGGAUUUUUGCAUAAAAUUAAUAAGCCAAACACCGCCGCACGCACCUCUUUUAUCAGCUCCUCCUGCUCCUCCUUCGUCUAGUCUAGUCGUCGUCGCAGGGCGGAAAUAUGGCCCAUAAUAUGCCCAACGAACGCCUCAAAUGGCUAAUGCUGUUCGCAGCUGUUGCUGUCUUUGCCACUGCCAUCAGUACUACAAAUGCUGCCAAUCCACCAGAUGCCGAUCAAAAGGGACCAGUUUUCCUCAAAGAACCCACCAAUCGCAUUGACUUUUCGAAUUCGACGGGCGCUGAAAUUGAAUGCAAAUCAAGUGGCAAUCCCAUGCCAGAAAUCAUUUGGAUACGUAGCGAUGGCACCGCGGUUGGUGAUGUUCCCGGUUUGCGUCAAAUCUCAUCGGAUGGCAAAUUGGUAUUCCCACCAUUCCGUGCCGAAGACUAUCGCCAGGAAGUCCAUGCCCAAGUCUAUGCUUGCUUGGCACGCAAUCAAUUUGGAUCGAUCAUAUCGCGGGAUGUCCAUGUGCGAGCCGUUGUGCCACAAUCCUACAGCGUCAAUGUCAUGGAUGAGUCCAUAUUACGCGGCAAUAGCGCCAUACUCAAGUGUCAUAUACCAAGUUUUGUGGCCGAUUUCAUAGUGGUUGAUUCGUGGUUGGAGGAUGAGGAACGUGAGAUCUAUCCGCAGGAAGAUGUCACUGUUAGCGACGGCAAAUAUUUGGUUUUACCCUCCGGAGAGUUGCAUAUUCGUGAAGUUGGACCCGAAGAUGGUUACAAGAGCUAUCAAUGUCGCACCAAACAUCGUCUAACUGGAGAGACUCGUCUAAGUGCAACCAAGGGACGUUUGGUUAUUACAGAACCUGUGGGAAGUGUUAGUCCUCAGUUUAGUGGCAAUGGCAAUCAAGAGCAUAUAACUCUAUUACGUGUUCCCUUAAAUGGAAGUCUUGCCCUAAUGUGUCCUGCUCAAGCUUAUCCAGUUCCCUAUUUUAGAUGGUACAAGUUCAUUGAAGGCACUACACGUAAACAAGCUGUUGUAUUGAAUGAUCGCGUUAAACAAGUCUCUGGCACUUUGAUUAUCAAGGACGCUGUUGUCGAGGACUCUGGCAAAUAUCUGUGCGUUGUGAAUAACUCUGUUGGCGGUGAAAGCGUUGAAACUGUCUUGACUGUUACCGCGCCACUUUCGGCCAAGAUUGAUCCCCCCACCCAAACAGUUGACUUUGGACGUCCUGCCGUAUUCACUUGCCAAUAUACUGGUAAUCCGAUUAAAACUGUUAGCUGGAUGAAAGAUGGCAAAGCUAUAGGACACAGUGAACCCGUGCUACGCAUUGAAUCCGUAAAGAAAGAGGAUAAGGGCAUGUAUCAAUGUUUUGUGCGCAAUGAUCAGGAAUCUGCCGAGGCUAGUGCUGAACUGAAAUUGGGUGGACGUUUCGAUCCUCCGGUUAUACGUCAGGCAUUCCAAGAAGAGACCAUGGAACCAGGACCAAGUGUAUUCCUCAAGUGUGUGGCUGGUGGUAAUCCAACACCGGAAAUCUCUUGGGAAUUGGAUGGCAAGAAAAUCGCCAAUAAUGAUCGUUAUCAAGUAGGCCAAUAUGUGACUGUGAAUGGAGAUGUCGUUUCGUAUUUGAAUAUCACUUCGGUUCAUGCCAAUGAUGGUGGUCUGUACAAGUGUAUAGCCAAGAGUAAAGUAGGCGUGGCUGAGCAUUCGGCUAAAUUGAAUGUCUACGGUUUGCCCUAUAUUCGUCAAAUGGAAAAGAAGGCAAUUGUUGCUGGAGAAACUUUAAUGGUUACUUGCCCAGUGGCUGGUUACCCCAUCGAUUCCAUUGUCUGGGAGCGUGAUAAUCGUGCAUUGCCCAUCAAUCGCAAACAGAAGGUCUUCCCCAAUGGCACUUUGAUCAUUGAGAAUGUGGAAAGGAACUCCGAUCAGGCUACUUAUACUUGUGUGGCUAAGAAUCAAGAAGGUUACUCGGCACGCGGCUCUCUAGAAGUUCAAGUCAUGGUUCCUCCCCAAGUAUCACCCUUUAAUUUCGGCAGUGAAGUUUUAAAUAUGGGUGAUGUCUUAAGUGUUACUUGUCUGACUCUCAAGGGCGAUUUACCUUUGAAAAUACAGUGGACGCUAAAUGGAGCACCUAUAGCAACAGGUGUAGAUGGUUUUAUGAUCAUUCAAUUGAAUAGUCGCACUAGUUAUUUGAGUGUUGAUGCCUUGGAGGCGAAACAUCGUGGGGUUUAUAGCUGCAUAGCACAAAAUCCAGCAGGUCGAGCAGUCUAUCAGGCUGAACUUCAAGUGAAUGGUGGGUUAAUAAUAAGAUUUCCCGUAUACUACAUCUUUAAGCGCUGCUCCUUUCUCUACUGCUGUUUCUACAUACUAACAAAGUUGUGUUUUUUUUGGUCAUUUGAUGAAUAUGAGCUGAAUUGUAAUAAAUUGGAAUUUAUCUUAAACACAGUGGCUCCACAGAUAAGUCCCUUCCUUUUUGGUGAUGAACCCUUGAACCGUGGUGAAGUAGCGAGUGUCAACUGUGUAGUACCCAAAGGAGAUUUGCCCCUAGAUAUAUAUUGGACUAUUAAUUCAGCACUCAUAGUCAAUGGUGAACUAGGUUUUACUAUAGUGCGUUUGAACAAGAGAACUAGUUCUUUGAAUGUAGACUCCCUAGAGGCAGCUCAUCGAGGCACCUAUAAAUGCAUAGCCAAUAAUUCAGCGGGCUAUGCCGAGUAUAUAGCCAAUCUAGAAGUGAAUGUGCCACCCAGAUGGAUAUUGGAACCCACUGACAAAGCCUUCGCUCAAGGAUCAGAUGCCAAAGUUGAAUGCAAAGCUGAUGGUUUUCCCAAACCCCAAGUGACCUGGAAGAAAGCAGUUGGCGACACUCCCGGCGAGUACAAAGAUCUAAAGAAAAGCGACAAUAUCCGCGUUGAAGAGGGAACUUUGCACAUUGACAACAUUCAGAAAACUAAUGAAGGCUAUUAUCUAUGCGAGGCCAUCAACGGCAUUGGCUCUGGUCUAUCGGCAGUGAUAAUGGUUAGUGUACAAGCUCCCCCGGAAUUCACCGAGAAAUUGCGUAAUCAGACGGCACGACGUGGCGAACCUGCUGUGCUGCAGUGUGAGGCAAAGGGUGAGAAACCCAUUGGCAUUUUAUGGAACAUGAACAACAUGCGUCUGGACCCCAAGAACGACAAUCGUUAUACCAUACGCGAGGAGAUUUUGUCGGCUGGAGUGAUGUCAAGUUUGUCGAUUAAACGCACAGAACGCUCAGACUCUGCCCUCUUCACCUGUGUGGCCACAAAUGCCUUCGGCUCAGAUGACGCUAGCAUCAAUAUGAUUGUCCAGGAAGUACCCGAAAUGCCAUAUGCCCUGAAAGUGCUCGAUAAAUCUGGACGUUCGGUACAAUUAAGCUGGGCUCAACCCUACGAUGGAAACUCGCCACUGAAUCGUUACAUCAUUGAAUUCAAACGUUCCCGUGCCUCAUGGAGUGAAAUUGAUCGUGUUAUGGUCCCAGGACACACAACCGAAGCUCAAGUACAGAAACUGAGCCCUGCCACAACCUACAACAUUCGCAUUGUUGCCGAGAAUGCCAUUGGAACAUCACAAUCUUCGGAAGCUGUUACCAUUAUUACCGCUGAGGAGGCACCAUCUGGCAAACCGCAGAAUAUUAAAGUGGAACCCGUCAAUCAGACCACAAUGCGUGUCACCUGGAAGCCACCACCACGUUCGGAAUGGAAUGGCGAGAUUUUGGGCUACUAUGUCGGCUAUAAGCUAUCCAAUACCAACUCAUCAUAUGUCUUUGAAACAAUCAAUUUCAUCACGGAAGAGGGCAAGGAACAUAAUUUGGAAUUACAGAAUUUGCGUGUCUAUACUCAGUACUCGGUGGUCAUUCAGGCAUUCAAUAAGAUCGGAGCUGGUCCCCUUUGUGAUGAGGAGAAACAAUUCACAGCCGAAGGUACACCAAGCCAACCCCCAAGUGAUACUGCCUGCACCACAUUGACCUCUCAGACCAUACGUGUAAGCUGGGUCAGUCCUCCCUUGGAGUCGGCCAAUGGUGUGAUUAAGACUUAUAAGGUAGUCUAUGCCUCUAGCGAUGAGUGGUAUGAUGAAACCAAACGUCAUUACAAGAAGACAGCCUCCUCUGAUACCGUUUUGCAUGGCCUAAAGAAAUAUACCAACUAUACCAUGCAAGUCCUGGCCACCACAGCUGGAGGAGAUGGUGUGCGCAGUGUGCCCAUUCAUUGUCAAACCGAACCCGAUGUUCCCGAGGCUCCCACCGAUGUCAAGGCUCUAGUUAUGGGUAAUGCUGCCAUUUUAGUCUCCUGGCGAGCACCAGCACAACCCAAUGGCAUUAUUACUCAAUAUACUGUCUACUCGAAGGCUGAAGGUGCCGAAACUGAGACCAAAACCCAAAAGGUUCCCCACUAUCAAAUGAGUUUCGAGGCCACCGAAUUGGAAAAGAACAAACCCUACGAAUUCUGGGUCACUGCCAGCACUACCAUAGGCGAGGGUCAGCAAUCGAAGAGCAUUGUGGCCAUGCCCAGUGAUCAGGUGCCAGCAAAGAUUGCCUCAUUCGAUGAUACAUUCACUGCCACAUUCAAGGAAGAUGCCAAAAUGCCUUGUCUAGCUGUUGGUGCCCCCCAACCUGAGAUUACCUGGAAGAUUAAGGGUGUCGAAUUCACUGCCAACGAUCGUAUGCGUCUAUUACCCGAUGGUUCCUUAUUGAUUAAAUCUGUCAAUCGUCAAGACGCCGGCGAUUAUUCAUGCCAUGCAGAGAACUCCAUUGCCAAGGAUUCCAUAACCCAUAAACUAAUUGUAUUGGCUCCACCACAAUCCCCGCACGUCACACUCUCGGCCACGACUACGGAUACUUUGACUGUGAAACUAAAGCCUCAUGAGGGUGAUACAGCUCCUCUGCAUGGUUACACUUUGCAUUACAAGCCCGAGUUUGGAGAAUGGGAAACUGCUGAGGUCUCGGUGGAAUCACAGAAACAGAAUAUUGAAGGAUUACUAUGCGGUUCACGUUAUCAAGUCUAUGCCACGGGUUUCAACAACAUUGGCGCUGGUGAAGCAUCCGACAUUUUGAAUACACGCACCAAGGGACAGAAACCUAAAUUACCAGAGAAACCACGUUUCAUUGAGGUCUCAUCGAAUUCAGUGUCCUUGCACUUCAAAGCCUGGAAAGAUGGCGGUUGCCCCAUGUCUCACUUUGUUGUAGAAAGCAAGAAGCGCGAUCAAAUUGAAUGGAAUCAAAUCUCGAAUAAUGUCAAACCCGAUAAUAACUAUGUGGUACUUGAUCUGGAACCUGCUACCUGGUAUAAUUUACGCAUCACUGCCCAUAAUUCUGCUGGUUUCACUGUGGCUGAAUAUGAUUUUGCCACUUUAACCGUUACCGGAGGCACUUUAGCCCCUCUCGAUGGCGGUUCGGGUCAUGGCAAUGUCCAUGCCCGUAUCCCAUUGCCCGCCUGGAUGCCCGAGUGGCUGGAUCUGAACUUUAUGGUUCCACUGAUAGCCACAGUUGUUGUUGUUGCCGUUGGCAUCUGUGUGGUUUGUGUGGCCCUUUCGAGAAGACGUGCGGACGAUAUGCGUGGCGGACAAAAGGAUGUCUAUUACGAUGUAGUUUACAAUCAGACUAUGGGACCCGGCGCCACCUUGGACAAACGUCGCCCCGACCUGCGAGAUGAACUUGGCUAUAUUGCACCACCCAAUCGGAAGUUGCCCCCCGUCCCUGGAUCCAAUUAUAACACCUGCGAUCGGAUUAAGCGAGGUACAGUCAUAAGCCGUGGUGGUGGUUUGCGUUCAAACCACUCCACUUGGGAUCCACGUCGUCCAAAUUUGUAUGAGGAACUGAAGGCGCCGCCAGUGCCCAUGCAUGGCAAUCAUUAUGGUCAUGCUCAUGCUCAUGCUGGCAAUGUAGAAUGUCAUUAUAGACAUCCAGGCAUGGAGGAUGAAAUCUGCCCGUAUGCCACUUUCCAUCUGCUUGGCUUCCGUGAAGAAAUGGAUCCCACCAAGGCCAUGAAUUUCCAGACCUUCCCCCAUCAGAAUGGACAUGCUGGACCAGUCGGACCCGGACAUGCUGGCACCAUGCUACCUCCCGGACAUCCUGGUCAUGUCCACUCCCGUUCAGGAUCUCAGUCGAUGCCACGUGCUAAUCGUUAUCAACGCAAGAACAGUCAGGGUGGACAAUCUUCAAUCUAUACUCCAGCUCCCGAAUACGACGAUCCAGCCAAUUGUGCCGAAGAGGAUCAAUAUCGUCGCUAUACUCGCGUCAACUCUCAAGGUGGUAGUCUUUACUCUGGACCUGGUCCCGAAUACGAUGAUCCAGCCAAUUGUGCUCCCGAAGAGGAUCAAUAUGGCUCUCAAUAUGGUGGACCCUAUGGCCAACCCUACGAUCAUUAUGGCUCACGUGGCUCUAUGGGACGUCGCAGCAUUGGUUCUGCCCGUAAUCCUGGCACUGGUUCACCUGAGCCACCACCACCGCCACCACGUAAUCAUGAUAUGAGCAACUCCUCAUUCAAUGACUCCAAGGAGAGCAACGAGAUCUCAGAGGCCGAAUGUGAUCGCGAUCAUGGACCACGCGGCAAUUAUGGUGCAGUGAAGAGAUCACCACAACCGAAAGAUCAACGCACCACCGAAGAAAUGCGUAAAUUGAUUGAAAGAAACGAAGCCGGCACAAAACAACUCCAACUCCAACAAACAAAUGGCGCAGGAUUCACAGCCUACGAUACUAUGGCAGUGUAAUUUGUAAGCGGACAACGCGAAUGGGCGUGGCAUUAUAGCUUAGUGUUCGAUGAAAUGAAGAAAGAAAAGUGCGUGGGAGUUGAAUGAUACACACACACCCAAACACACACACAACCUACACAAACACACACACUUAAACAGUCAUAUAAAAGAAACCCAAUCAAAUACAAGUCGAUGAUGGGAAAUGCGAAAAUAUCUAAAGAUAUAAACUCAUACAAUAUAUAUAUAUAUACACAAUUAUUAACUAUUUCAAGUAUUUAUAAAGUCAAGAACAAAAUUAUAAACCAUACAUACAACAUUUUAUACUCUAAGUGUGUGAAAAACUAAAGAAAAGAGAAGAAAAACGAUGAUUGAGUAAAAGAAUAAGGUAAAGGAGAUGAAAAAGAAAGCGAGGGAAAAACAAUUUGCAACUAAUUUUGGCAUUUUAGUUGUUAAGUAAGAAGAACCCACUACCAAAAUAUCAACAAGAAAAAAAAACUAUUACUAUUAUUAUUAUUAUUAU